ACAUUUGGGGAAAUAACAUCAUGAUGGACUCAGCAGAAGUGGAGUUUUUAGCCGAAAAAGAAAUGAUCUCAGUCGUUCCCAACUUUUCACAAGAUAAGAUAUAUCUGAUAGGGGGAGAUAUUGGGCCAUUCAGCCCAGGACUUCCUGUGGAUGUACCGCUGUGGAUGGCUGUCAACCUCAAACAAAGACAAAAGUGUCGCAUCAGGCCUCCAGAAUGGAUGGAUGUUGAGAAGUUAGAAGAGAAGAAACAGCAGGAACUGGAGGGUCAAUUUUUCACAGAGAUGCCAUGUAAACAUUACAUGGAAGUAACACAACUGUUGCUGAAAUGUGCACCAGAUGACAUUCCACGUGCCGAUGAAACCAGAACUCUUAUUAAAGAUAUUUGGGAUUUGAGGAUUGCCAAGUUACGAACCAGUAUUGAUACAUUUGUCCGCAGUGACUCUACACAUGCCAAGCUGAAUUUCCUCACCCUAAUGGAGAUCAACACUGUGAGGCCAUUUUUAACCCAGGCGCUGAAUGAAAUCCACAAAUUACGGGCAAACAUCUCUGGUGGAAACCUUCAACUGACCCAAGAUUGAUUGUACUUCACCAUUUACAUCACCCUAUUAAAUUAAUAAAAAUGACAGUUUGAAGGAUUUGCUUUUUAUACACUUUGCAAAAGAAACGCAUGUACAUGUAUGACUUUUUAGCCACUUUUCCAAAUGAUCACAUAUUUUUUGAAAGAAACUGUCAGACUGAGGACUGAACGUGGCCCUUUUUGUCGCAUCAGUAGUAUAGUCAUCGCUUGUUAAUACCCUUUAGCAUGGAUACUGUUUUUGUGACACAGCCCUUCAGGAAAGAUACUUGAGACAAAGACAGUGUAAGAAUGCAUGUUUUCCACCCAAAGCCAUACUUGCAACUUUGAAAUUAAUUGUUUUGCUUCACUGGUUAUGUUUACAUGUGUGACAUAGACAGCAAGCUACAUGAUGUUAUUUCAUCUGGAAUUAUUGCCUCAUUGUUCUCUGUCAGACGGCUUCCUCUCCAGCCAUACGUGGGAAGGUUUCCAGCAACCUGCGGAUGGCUGUAGGUUUCCCCCAGCACAGCCCGGUUUCCACCUACCACAAUGCUGGCAGCCAUUGUGAAAUAUUCUUGAGUAUGGUGUAAAACAGCAAUCAAAUAAAUAAAUAAAUAAAAUACUCUGUCAGACAAUGAGAAUGUUAACUAUUAUGACAUUUAAUUUUUUUUCUUUGUGUUUCAUUAGGGAUGGCAUAUUGUAACACGAUCCUUCAUUAGGGAUGGCAUAUUGUAAGGUUAAGAUUUUAUUUUCAGGUCCUAAAAUGACAUCAUUAAUACUUACACAUUAAUAUUCAGAUUAAUAUUCUAAAUGAACUUUUCCACCUGCAAAGCAUCAGCGUGUGUUAUUGGUUAGAUCUUGAUUCCCAGUAUUCCUAGAUUUCAACCAACUCUAGGAAGAACAUUUUUGUGUUAAAGUGUUUGUAAGUACUGUACAGAAUGUAUAUAAUAAAUGGGUGAAUAUAUUGAGAGCCUAUGUUUGCUAAAGUUUGACUCUUUUGACAAUUAUCUGA